GAUAUCUCAAGAAUAUUAAUAAACGAGAUAAUUUUCACAAUAUGUCGUCAGAAUAUAAAUAUGUGUGAAAUAUAAAUUUUUUUUUUAUAACUUCUCGAUUUUAUUAAUGGAAUAUUCAUAGUUAAGAAUCUGUAGAUCAUAUUUGUAUUAUAAUUAGCGCGAGAGAGAUCGAAGUUACAUUUUUCACAUCAGAGACAUAUCAUAAGAUCGUUAAAAGGAAGGUCUCUAUCCUAAAUUAUUUUAUCGUGUCGCCUCUUUUAUACUGCGCGAGCAAUUAAAAAAUUUAUCUUCAAAUAUGUUAAUUUAUUUUCAUGACUCUUCAAGAUCAGAAAAGUUAUUGCGAUUCUUAUAGUUCAUUUUGUCACAUCAAAAAAUAAUUAUCAUUUUUUUAUUUGUAAUUAUUAAAGUUUAUUAGAUCGUAUGUCGAGAAGAUUUUAAUGCCGGAGGAUGCGUUUUCGGUCCGCGAAGGCCGAGGCUUGAACCUUAUUGAUGUCGUUGAAACGUUUUAAAUAAAUCAGCGGCGCGAGAUCGUCAUCGUGAGCCGACAUACGUGAGCGAAAUUAUGAACGAUCUAAUAAUAACCGCACUCUUACCCAUAUGGGAAGUUGAUUUUAAUUCAGAGGGCUAAACGGACAUAUGCGCACACACACAUAUGCGUAUCAGGUCCCGUCCUUUUAAUAAGCAAGGUCAGUAAUCAUCGAUGAUCGAGACUCGCGAUGAGCAUCCUCAAAGUAUCGUUAAAAAUGAAGGAGAUUGUGCACAUUUAACGUUUGCGUAAUGCAGAUUAUACAAAGGUACCCUCUUGAAAAGGAUCCGCCAUCAUCUCAUAUAAAAGCGUCACCUGAAGAAAGAGUUAUCAUUUAAAAAAUGCAUGUAUUGUAUAAUAAAUGGGAAUUUAGUACAUUUUAAAAAGUACAGACGUGAGAGAUCGUGUUGGUAAAAAUUUACGUGUUUCCAGUAUAGAAUUUGUUCAAAGAGAACCAUGUACGGUCUAAUCUUGGAAAAUCUGGCCGAAUAUAUAAGGCAGGUUUACGGCGAGGACAGAUGGGAGGAAAUUCGCAGACAGGCGUCCGUGGACCAGCCGAGCUUCAGCGUUCACCAAGUUUAUCCGGAGAACCUGAUACCAAGAUUGGCAAAGAAAGCGAUUCAGGUACUUGGCGUGACGGAGAAGGAGUUCUUCGAUCAGAUGGGCGUGCACUUCGUAGGAUUCGUCGGUCAGUACGGUUACGAUCGCGUGCUCUCGGUCUUAGGACGACACGUGAGGGAUUUCCUCAAUGGCCUGGACAAUCUCCACGAGUACCUCAAGUUCUCCUACCCGAGGAUGCGAGCGCCGUCGUUCAUCUGUGAAAACGAAACGCGUCAAGGUUUGACCCUUCAUUAUCGGAGCAAACGUCGGGGCUUCGUCUAUUACACAAUGGGCCAGAUAAGGGAAGUGGCACGGCACUUCUAUCACAAGGAGCUGCAAAUCGAGCUGGUGCGCGAGGAGGUGCUCUUCGACACCGUGCAUGUGACCUUUCAGCUUACCUUCGAUAAUCGCGCCUUCACCCUCGCCUCGCUGGCGAUGACUCGCGAGGAGAAGCACCUGCCGAUCGGGGCGUGCGUGCUCUUCGAGAUAUUUCCCUUCUGCAUCGUCUUCGGCUCGGAUAUGGUAGUUAGAAAUAUUGGCAAUUCGUUAAUGGUCAUAUUGCCAGAUCUGGUUGGCAAAAAGAUCACGUACUUCUUCGACUUGGUUCGACCGCUUAUCGCGUUCAAAUUUCAAUCGAUAUUGAAUCGAACGAAUAACAUUUUCGAGUUGGUCACUGUCGAACCGGUGCUUACAGAUCGAUUGAAUGAUCGGCACAGAAACGAAGUUCUCUUGAGUGACGAGCUUGAAACCAUAGAAGAUAAGACUUUACGAUUGAAAGGUCAAAUGAUAUACAUGGACAAUUGGAAAAUGAUGAUGUAUCUCGGUACACCAGUCAUGCCGGAUCUGAACGCUUUAAUAGCGACUGGCCUCUACAUAAAUGAUCUCUCGAUGCAUGAUUUUAGCCGAGAUCUCAUGCUAGCUGGGACUCAACAAUCCGUGGAGUUGAAACUGGCGUUAGAUCAAGAACAACUUAAGAGUAAAAAGUUAGAGGAAUCCAUGAGAAAACUGGACGAGGAGAUGAAGCGUACCGACGAAUUGUUGUACCAGAUGAUUCCCAAACAGGUCGCGGAUCGCUUGAGGAAUGGCGAAAGUCCGAUUGAUACUUGCGAGAUGUUUGACACAGUAUCGAUAUUGUUCUCGGACGUGGUGACCUUCACCGAGAUCUGCAGCAGAAUCUCGCCGAUGGAAGUGGUGUCCAUGUUAAAUGCCAUGUAUUCGCUGUUUGACACUUUGACAGAGAGAAACCGAGUGUACAAGGUUGAAACUAUCGGUGACGCUUACAUGGUGGUUUCUGGUGCACCAGUGAAAGAAAACGACCAUGCGGAUCGCGUAUGCGACAUGGCUCUCGACAUGGUUGAGGCGAUAACCGAUCUCAAGGAUCGUUCGACAGGCAAUCAUCUUCAAAUACGAGUUGGUAUUCAUAGCGGCGCAGUCGUAGCUGGUAUCGUUGGCUUGAAGAUGCCACGAUACUGUCUCUUCGGUGAUUCCGUCAACACGGCGGCCCGGAUGGAAGCGACCAGCCAGGCUAUGCAGAUACAUAUAUCCCAGUCCACUAAGGAACUGCUAUCACCCUCGUACAAAGUUAAGGAACGCGGAGAAAUCGAAGUCAAAGGAAAAGGCACGAUGAAGACCUAUUGGCUGGAGAAACGAGAGAAGCGUUCCGUCUCCACUAAGGGUAUCACUAUACAGGAAUCUCAUCAAUGGCAUACAAGAAGUUUCGAGAAGAGAGUUUCACAACAGUCCGCAGUAGGCGUGAUAGGUAUGAUAAAUCCGGGCAUAUUUGACAAACCGACUUCGGCAGAAGCGCCGUCGAGACGAGGCUCGUCGAAGAUGUCAUCCCCGACGCCACUGGGACUCUCCGGAUUUUUUUCCGAGGAGAGAAGGAUAUAUUCGCCCAUUACUUUUCACGAUGUCGCGCGACGAUCGGUCGCAAAUUCGCCGACAAGGAAUGUGGAAAUUCGAGAAUGUCGAUCGAAUUCUAUGGGCGCGAUGGGUGGCAGGAACGUCUCCGAUAUGUUUAAUUCCCUUCUGAGCGAUACGGAGGAGCACUUCCGGCAGCAUCGGGACAGUUUGUCGCCACGCGCGGAAAAUCGGUCAGCCGGCGUAAAACCGGAAGUGAAGAUAGACGCCAUAUCCUCGUCUUCACAGAGUGACACCGAGGACGAGUCGAAUCCGUCAUUGGAUUUGUCUUCGCAAACGCGAAAGGGCAACGUGGAUGUAACACCUGGUGACAACAGCGAAUGCGCGGCAAUUAGUAGCGAUCUCAGCAAUUCCCAGUUGCUGAUGCAGCAGGAUCAAUGCUGCCCGGGAUUCACCAUGCCGAAGAGCAGUAAAAUGCGUCAUCAGGGAAACGGCUGCAUUAUUUUCUAAUGCAGAAAUUGAUGAAGACCGAUCAGAUUUAAUUAAGCCACAAAUUAGUUCUUAUUUAAAUAUUUUUGACGUUAAAUCGUUUCACAAUAUAUCAUCAUCAUUUUCUCGCGUUGUUAUUUAUAUCUCAUUUUCAAUACACGAAAAGGAAAAAUGUCUUAUUUUCUUUAAAAAAUCAGUUCUCGAAAUCAUAUUUAGAAAUUCUGGAAUGAAAAAAAAGAAUAAAUGAUCACAACACAUCUUGUAUAACAUAUAUAUACAGAUAAAUAUUGUUGUUUUGAAAGCAAUCUUAUAAUUAAAAGAUUUUGUGUUAAUGAUUGACUCUUCGAUAUAAAAGUAAUAACAACAUUUACAACAUAUUACAACAGUGUUUUUGUAUGUUGCUUUGUAAGACAAUUGAAUUAUUAACGAUAGCAUGAUUAUAUUUAAAUGUAUUCAG